AUGAGUUUCUAAUUUUAGAAUAUAAUAUUAUUUGGAUUUACUAAAUUGAGAAUCUUACAUGUCAAAUAUCUUGAGGAAUAAGUAUAUAUAUAUCACAUUAGUGAUUAUAUUAUUCACUUCUAAAAUUAAAUUAAAAAUGAAUCAAAUUUCCCACAACAUCCUGGUUCAAAAAUUAAUCGAUUAUAAGCUAAGGUAUUUGAAAUUUAUAACUGAUUCGCAGAAAAAACAAAAACAAGAGAAAGUCGAGUCCUUAGUUUUCACCUCCCAAGAUGCCGAUUUCUUAGAGAUAGACAUCAUUUUCCAAUGGUCAUGCCUAUUCCGUUCAUUAAAAAUUGAAAUCAAUUCAAAGUGAAGAGAAAGUAUUCAUUCCUCAGGCUAUACCACAGUCCCUGAUCUGCUCGAACUAUUAAGUC